UUUUUCUGUAAACAUUUUCACAGAAAACGUUAAUUGAACAGAAGCCGUUACUGGUGACGGAGAUGGCCGAGAAGAUGCACUAACUGAAGCUCGACGACCAUGGAACAGAAGAAGUGGACACCGAGUACAAUAAGACAACAGAAGAAAAUUGGAGAAGAGGCAGACGACGAAAAAGCGAAGAAAGUCCCAAAGGCGAGACAUGCUAAAGUACGGACUCUGCUCCACUUUGCGGUCGAGAGAGGACGCAUAAGCACGAUCACUACGUUACUCCAACAGGGCGCAGAUAUCGACGAGAGCGACCAUAAUGGUCGCACCGCCCUGCUCGUGGCCGCCGACAAGGGCGACGCGGAGGUCCUCGAAGCCCUCCUGGAGGCGGGCGCCGACGUGGCCGCAGGAGACAACCAAGGUAUGUGCGCAGUGCACCUCGCCGCCGCCGCCGGCAGCGUGGAGGCGCUGGCGCUGCUGAAGGCGCGGGCGUGCGACCUGCGCGUGGGCGACGGGCAGGGCCGCUCGCCGCUGCACGUCGCCGCCGAGCGAGGGCAGGUCAGCGCCGUCCAGUGGCUGCUGAAGGAGGGCGUUCCGGUGGGCGCGGCGGACGGGAGGAGCCGGACGCCCCUGGACGCGGCGAGGGCGCUCGGACACGAGGACGUCGUUGCAGUUCUGGAGGAGGCGCUGCAGCUUCCUCGCCAGCCGCAGGAGGACGCGAAGGACGCCGAGGACACAGCCGGAGACGCAGAGGAGAGCCUUCCUUCGACCGAUCGCAAGAAGGACACGGAGGCCUCGGAGGUGCUGACGCUGCACGGAGACGAGGUGGAGGCGGCAGACCUGUGUCCUCUCCACCAGUACGUCUUAGCCGGUGACGCCGAAGCGGCCCAGGAACUCAUCGAUGGCGGAGCAAAUAUACAUGAAAAGGGACCUGCAGGUCGCUCGGCUGUUCAUAUCGCUGCCGAGAAAGGUCACUUGGACGUGUUAAAGGUCCUGAUCGAGGCUGGCUGCGAGGUCACCGUGGGGGACAGCAAAGGACGCCAGCCGAUCCACCUGGCGGCUCUCGGAGGUCACGCCGCCCUCCUGCAGGUGCUCCACGACAACUCGGCUUCUCUGCAAAACUACGACAGGAAAGGCAUGCGAGCGAUCCACUUCGCGGCCGCCGGCGGGAGCGAGGUCACCCUCGACCUCCUGCUGCAACUCAAGUGCGACCUCGACCUCGUGGACGCAGAGAACCGCACGCCGCUGCACCUCGCCGUCCUGCAGGGCCAGCGCGGCGCCGUCGAGUGGCUCCUGACGAAGAGGGCGACGGCGGACAAGAAGGACGUCAGGAACCAGACUCCGCUGGACCUGGCGCGAGCUCUUGGGCGCAGGGAGAUCGAGGAGCUGCUGGGGCGCCGCGGCAGGAGGGCGCCGCGACUCAGAAUGGACGGCCGCCCACAGACCAGCCCACGGACAUUCCGCCCCGCCCCACCGCCCACGCCCAGUAAAGAGGUCCUCUUGCUGGCGAGCGAAGGCGACGCAGAGGGCGUGAAGAGGCUGGCGCAGGAGGGGGCGGACUUGGAGGCGAUGGGCGUGCGGGCGGACGAGAGAG